AUGGACCCAAGUUCAGCUGUAAAAUGGGUUUCCACCAAUCCGGAGGCGAAGCUGAAAGUGUCACCGGCAGCUACCAACUUAUUGGUCAGCAGCACCCGGCCAGCUGCGCCGGUCAAUCUCGUCUCCAUCCUCGGACCGGCGAGGAACGGAAAAUCAUCUCUCAUGAACACCCUUGUCGGAACGGGCGACACCUUCGCCAUGUCCGAUAGUGUGAAGGCGUGUACCAAGGGAGGAGACCUUUCGCGAUCCGUGGUACGGCUUGCGGACUUCGAGAACACCGACCGAUAUCAGUCGGACUGGGCGACAUUUCGCUCCACGCCGAACCGUGGCCCCGAUGAAGACAUCUACGUGGCCUUUGCGGACGUUGAAGGUCAAGGAGACGAGUGUGAGGAGCACGACGUUCGUUUGGCUACACCGUUUCUUCUCCUGUCCAAGGUGAUCAUCUUCAACUGGCUAGGAAGGCCGAACAAGACCACCAUGCUCGAAAAACUCGAGGUUAUGGUUUUGGCCACUGACAAAAUCAAGCAGCAAGACGGCGAUGGUGGUUGUUUUCACGAGAAGGUUUUCGGCCAUCUUAUCAUCCUCGCGCGCGAUUUAAGUGGCCCCGAAAAAGCGGAGGAAAUCAGGGAACUUCUCCUCAAUGACGAAGAUGCUGGACCCUCCAAGGACAGGAAGGGAGCAACCAACAGGAAUACGAUACGGGCGGGUCUACGCAAUUCCUUCGAAAGCAUUGUGGUGCGCACGCUGCCCGUCCCCCAUCCAAGUAUAACGGGUACGUUUCUGUGUCGUCCUCCUCAUGUCGUGGCCGAUUUUCAUCACUCUUACCACAAUUAUCGUGAGUUGUUCACUAUCAAAACCCUCUUCCCCUCUCCGUCCCAUCCGGUCUGUCUGCGCUCCGCUGCACGAUCAGAGUUGGGCACAGCAAUUCCACUUUCUGACUUCACACCGAAGUUCAAGGCCACAGUGAAAGAUCUCAAGGUCGACAUCGUUGAAAUGCUUAGGAUUCCCCAUUUUUUCGGGGGUAGCCCCAUACUCGGCGGCGACACGAUCUCCAACGUGAUGACAUCUUUAUGCGACGCCGUCAAUGACGCGAAAGACAUAUCGCCCCCCAGCUUGCUGCAGGCGAUCGACUUGCAGAAGGUUCAGAAAGCCAAAGCGGAUGCACUUGUUCUUUUUGAACUCUUCCUCGACGAGGUGUCAGGUAGGCCGUACAACGUACGACGACUGAGGAUUUGGUGUACUGUAGGCCCGGUGCGAGAAUCGCGAAGCACUCUCAAGCUUGCCAGGUAUACUUUCAGCUCGAUGCUAGCAUCCACACGCAUCGAGUCUGCGAAAACAUCGGCAGUGGCUGAGUUCCAGCACCUCGCCCAGCCUGCCGCCCAGGACGUUGUCCAAGAGGAGGAAGAAAAGCUCCAGAAAAAUAUGGCAGCUCUCGUGGCCGCCGCCGUCGGGCUGCAAGACAAAAAACGCCGCGACUUGGACAAGCAACUGAAGGAUGCUGCAAAGAAAGGACUUUCGUCGGUGGACGACCAGGCAAAGCGAAUGUCGGUGCCCCUGUCGCAUCCCGUUACGGUCGAGAGGGCAUGGGACCGGAUUAUCAGGGACGCCUUUGCUGCUUUCACGAAGGACCUCGCCAGGAUCAUGCCAGGCCGUUGUCAGGGUGACGUCGCGCGUGACCUCAAGUGGGCUUUGACGAGGACCGAGUUUUCAGAUAAGGCACAAGGCAAGCAAGAAAUAGGGCAAAACAUACGUUGUGAGGCGACUGGUGUAAACACCAAAUCACUUUGUUUUCCCGCAAACAGCUGA